UCUUCGGAAGCCUUGCUCUGUUGAUGUUCUUGCAUGCUCAGGUUGUUAUGGGACAAACCUCGAGGGAUCAUCUUGUUACUUCCUUGCCUGGUUAUAAUCAACCAAUAACAUUCAAGAGUUACACUGGCUAUUUGAAUGGAAAUUCUACUCAACACCAUUUGUUUUAUUGGUUCAUGGAAUGUCAAGAAAAUCCAGCUACAGCACCAGUGGUUUUGUGGACAAAUGGUGGCCCAGGUUGCUCUUCAAUUGACGGAAUGGUAUCGGAACAUGGACCUUUUGUUGUGUUAGCUGAUGGUAAAACUGUUGUUAGCAAUCCAUUUGCUUGGAAUAAGAGAGUUAACAUUAUUUAUUUGGAACAACCAAUUGGUGUUGGUUAUAGUUAUAGUGACAAUACUGCUGAUUAUAUGUCUAUCACCGAUAUUACUGCUGCCAAUGAUAUGAAUGGAGCCAUGAGAGAUUUCUUCUCUAGAUUCCCACAAUAUGUCAAGAAUCCAUUCUUUAUUUCUGGAGAAUCAUAUGGUGGAGUUUAUGUUCCAUCUGCUGCUUACAGAAUUUUACAAGGAAAUCAACAAGGUGAAUUACCAAAGAUUAACUUGCAAGGUAUUUUGGUUGGUAAUGGUGUUACUGAUGGUGAAGAAGAUGCCAACUCUGUUCCUCUCUUCUAUAAGGAACACAGUUUGAUUACCAUUGAAGAUUACAAUGCUGGUUUUGUUAGUUGCAAGGGUAAUUUUUAUGCUAAUCAAAACAGUGCUGAUUGUUCUGCAUUCUUGUCAAAAGUUUAUGCUUCCUUGACCCAUUUGAAUCCAUAUUACAUUUAUGACUCCUGCACAUGGUUGGGUGAUAACGGUUUAAACAUGCCAAAGCGUUCUAUCAACUCUAAGAAUCAUCCACUCUUCCAACUUCACACUCACAGAGCUACAUCAAGAAGAUCUAGUUUCUCUAUUGUUGGUGACGAAAGUGAUUCACCUUGUGUUCCAGAUCACUCUGUCAUUUCCUAUUUCAAUACUCCAGCUGUUAGAUCAGCCAUUGGUGCUACUCAUAUUGGUAAUCCAAAUGGAUGGCAAGUUUGUUCAACCUUCAUUAAUUACACCACCAUCUAUACUACCAUGUUGCCAUUCUAUACCAAGUUGCUUCCUCAAAUUAGAAUUCUUGUUUAUUCUGGUGAUGUUGAUACUGUUUUGAAUACUUUGGGUACUCAAGCUGAUGAAGUAAUAAUUCUAACGAUACAAAAGCAAUUAGAUGAAGAACAAGCAUCUUCAUCAAUUAGGAAGGGAAGAAGACAAUUAGAUUAUACACUAUGUGAGGUUCAUGAUGAUGUUCCGUAUACUUUUCAUUGUCAUCCGAUUGAAAUUGAUAGAAAGACUAAACUUCCUAUUAAUAUGGCCAAUUUAAUAUCAAGUGAGGAUAUGAUCGGAGUUGUACAAGAUCACAUCGAUAAUGUGGGAUAUCUAUCAAAUUGUCAAGGAAAAUUACUAUUUGAUAUUCUAUUGUGUCCAGUUGGAAUAUUCGUCUAUAGUGCCACAAAUGCCAUCAUUGAAAAGUGGAUUGAAAUGGAAGAGGCAAUGCCUUACAAUCAAAAGAAUAGGAAAUUAAUGAAAUUAUUGGAUCCAUUAUCAGAUUGUUCGAAUAAUGAAAAUUUUGAAAAACAAUUGAAACACUUAAUACAUACUACACUCAAUGAGGAUAAUCCAUUCUGGGCAACUGAGGAAAAUGCAUUAAUGAAUGAAGGGUUUAAUGCAUAUAUUGGAAGUUGGUACUAUUUGAAUAAUAAUCAAGGAGUUUUUGCUACAGAAAUUAUUCCAAAGUUUAGAUAUUUGGGUUAUCAAUUUUGGUGGAAAGAUGAAGUGGAUAAUCUUACUUUAAAAAAUAGCAAUAGAAAAUCAAACAAGGUUCAAGAUGUUUCAGAUGAUGAAGAGGUCCAAGCAUCUUUGGCAGAAGGUAUGAAACUACCUAAACAAUUGGAAUGGUUUAAAAGUGAGGAGUUUCUUUCUAUUGAUUAUAAGAGUCAUUCUCUGGUGAAGGAUUAUGUGCAAGAUAUGAAAAAUCUUGGAUUUUACGUUGAAUUUUUUAAUUGGAAUAGUUCUGUUUUGGAAUUUAAUUAUCCAUGA